AUGCGAACGCCCUUAUCAACAGAUUUCGUGAUCACAGAGCGCGGAGGCGUAAUCGAAAACCGCCACGCCGUCCACGCCGCCAUCGUCGACAGCACAGGUAACAUUCUAUACAGCGUCGGCGACCCAACACGAAUAACCCUGGCGCGCUCAGCCGCAAAGCCCGCACAAGCAGUAUCCAUCCUUGAAACAGGGGCCUUGGAGAAAUAUGAUCUCACCGAAUCUGAUCUGGCCCUAAUGUGCGCCUCACACAGCAGCGAGGGGCACCACAUCGCGCGGGCGAGAAAUAUCCUCGCCCAAAUCUCCGCUUCGGAAGAUGAUCUCCAAUGCGGCGGACACGUUCCAGUCUCAGACACUGUUCACAAGAAGUGGAUUAAAGCGGAUUUCACCCCGACUCCUGUCUGCAGUAAUUGUUCUGGCAAGCAUGCUGGUAUGAUCGCUGCGGCUAAGGCGUUGGAUACUGAUGUACAGAGUUAUCAUUUACCUGCACACCCGCUUCAGAAACGCAUCAUGCGGACCGUGGAUGAGAUUUGUGGUUUGAAUCCUGGAGAUUCGAAAUGGGGCCUGGACGGGUGUAAUCUUCCUGCGCCGGCAUUUCCGCUGAAUUAUCUUGCGCGCAUGUAUGCUGCUUUUGCGGAUGCCGUGACUCGGAUCCCGGCUUUGGAUGGUGAUGGUGGUGAUGGUGAAAUUACGAGAUUGAGAUCUAUGAGUCGGGUGUUUCAUGCUAUGGCGCGGUAUCCUGAGAACGUGGCAGGUGACGAUCGGUUUUGCACAAUCCUCAUGAGGGCGUUUGGAGGGGAGGUGAUUGGUAAACUUGGUGCCGAUGGGUGCUAUGGUAUUGGCGUGAAGGAUUCAUCGUGGACGAGAGAGAUCGGAGCCACGGGGGGGUAUUGGGAUUGCGGUUAA